AUGCACACAGCCAGCCGGGCCCAGGUGAGCCUGCCCAGCAGGAUGACUCAUGCGUGCCAGUUCCCGUUAGCCGGGCUGCAGCCGGGCAGCCGGCCAGCUGCAGGUCGGACAGACAUGCACAGCACUGCUCGGAAGCCUCCCUCCACUGAGCCCACGGCACAACGGGCCACAGCCCUGUCCUUCGGCCCAAGCCUGGCUGUGAGUCUGCCGCAGAGCCCUGAGCUGCCAGGAGCUGCCGUCGUCCCGCCCCACUACAGCCCUGCCCUGAUGGCCCCUCCAGGGACAGAUGCCCUGCUGGGAAAGGGCAUUGGGCUCAACGGCAUAACCCAGGACUUUGUCCCCAUCUCAAAAGCCUUCACGCGGCGGACCGCCAUCCUCCCUUACGCUUGGGGACAGCGCGGCCCUGGGACUCGGGAGUCGGCCGCGCGGCGCACAGCGGGGCGGGCCAGCGCGCUGACGUCACGACGCCGGACGCCGGACGCGGGGGCCAGCGCGCUCCGUUGCCGGGCAACGGGCGGGCGUGGGGACAGCGGCGGCCGCAGCUCCGGUGAGCCGAGGUGGGUGCGGGCGGGGGCCGCAGGCCGGGCCCUCGCGGGGACCCCGGCCCCGGGCUGCCCUCCUCCCCGCCCCGGGGCGACCCCACCCCCCGCGCUCCCACCCCGUGCAGCCCCGGGCGGCUCUGGCGCAGCGCUGUGGGUGUCUCGGGAGCACCUCCCCAGCUCCCCAUCGCGUGGACGCGGCCCGGACGGCACCGACAUGCAGGGCCAGCGGCAGCGGGGGGCAGGGCCUGGCCAGACACCCCCUCCCAGCAGGUGUCGGAGCGACCUCGCAGAGGAAGCAGGCGACGUUUCCCUCUGCCCGGCUUCUAAAGACAGCGGUGCAAGCAAGGCGCCAGGGGGGCGGAGAGGCGCUGGCGCCGAGUGUCUCUCCGGGGGCGGGGAGGACUUUUCUACCUGCCCCGCCGGCGGCCCGGACCCCGGGGAGCACAACAGCGCCUGGGGGGAGUUUGAAGGCUUUCAAGAAUCUUCGGCCAAGUCUGAACAGUUCUCCCCAAACUUUGAGCUCCCGGAGAGACCCCCUCAUCCUCGGCGGCAGUCAGUGGCUUCUACCCAAAAGGAGCGUGGUUCUCGCCAGCCUCCCCAGGGCGGGCCUGGGGUGCCAGGAGCCGCGGGCAGCUCACCUUGUGAGCUUCUGCCCACCUACGAGGAUGUGUUCAGGUUUGUUUUUCAAGAAGUACCAGUCCAGCAGGCAACUGAAGGCAUCCCCCCCUUAGACUGCAUCUUAGAACUGCCCGGCUGUGAAUCUGGACAGCAACUGUGUUCUGAAUCUAGAAAACUCUGGAGAGCUCUUCAGAACACAAAUAGCACAUCGGCCUCUCGAUGCCUCUGGAGUGAGUCCCGUUGCCAGGAAAAUCUCUUCCUCGUUCUUGGAAUAGAUGCUGCUCAGAAGAACCUUUCCGGAGACCUGGGUCACAUUCUGGAAUGUUCCGACCUCCAAGAGCCUGAAGAACUGGGCGUGCCCACCUUCCGUCUGCAGCCCUGCAGAGCCCUGAUCCAGACCAAGCUCUCAGGGACUUCCGGCGGCAGACAGGGGAACCUGCUUGCAUGCAGCCUCUUUCUGAAGACCCCCUUACACAGAAACGGGCAGUACCUCACAGUUCCAUGGAAAAAGAAGAUCUUCAAUCCACGUAACCUAAAAAUGACCUUGUUUAAUAGCGACGUUUGCUAAAACGGGAAUACUUUGUAUUUUUAUCAGGAGUUUUACAUUUUCUUACUGGCUUGGUUUGGUACUGGAAACCGGAACUGUUUUGUGGGCAUGUUUCUGGGGAUGCCCUGUGCACACCCGUGCUGCGCCCCCUGGUGCAUAUUGGGGUCUGACCACUUUAGAAGAGCGUGUCCUUUGGCAGAGCUAGUCUCAACAGGAAGGGGGUGCCCAGGGUCCCCAGGAGCUCCGCCCCAGCAUGACAUGAACCAAGGUGGCACUGGGGGCCCUCUGCCUGGUGCAGGUGCUGUCGGCCCCUGGGGGUGCCCAGGGAUGAACCCAGGCCUGGCUGCCUGCGUGGCACCGCCAGGGGCACAGCCAGGUGGCCUGGCUCUCAGUGGAACUGUCCGCAGGAGGCAGGCGUCCACAUGCUCAGGGAGUCCAGAGCACGUUCCUGUCACACCUGGGGGAGAGCGAAGGCCCUGGGAGCACUUACUGCACCACUGCCUGUCUGGCAGCCUUUCUCUGCAUCUGGCCCUCCUCUCUGACUCCGAGCAAGCGUUCUCUGGUUCUGGUGGAGGCACUGAUUUUUGUAAAAUUUUAUUAAAUAAAAUGGCCUGGACAAGC